AUGCUGCGUUCCUGGAGCCACCAGAACCGCCUGGCGACGCACCGCGACGCAGCCAUUGCAGCGACGGCCGCCGCGGGCGGCGGCGGCGGCAGCGGCAGCGGCGCCGGGGCCGUCGCGGCGGAGCGGCUCAGCAUGCGCCAGGGGCACAACAGCCACCUGCCCAUAUCUGCGGCCGGCGGUGGCGGAAGCGAGGGCGGCAGAGGGGGCGAGGCUGGGGGAGAGCAGGAGGAGGGCGGGGCAAGCGCGGCAGCUGAGGAAAAAGGGACGUUAUCCGUAUCGCUGGACGAGGGGGGUCCCGGAAACAAGACGGCAGCAGACGAGGCGGGCAGCGGCAGCAGCGGCGACGCGCCGGCCGCAACGCCAGCGCCGGUGCCGGCGGCCAGCAGCAGCAGCAGCAGCAGCAGCGGCCGGCUGCCGCGCCACAGCGUGCGGCCGGCGGCGGCCAAGGCGGGCGCCAACGCGACGGCGCCGGCGGCGCCUCUGAAGUUUUUCGGGGUAGGGGGCGCAUACCAUCAUGUCCCGGUCUGCCCGCCCGGCCACCCCAUGCCCGGCGCCGGCUGCGACGCGGGCCCCUGCCCUGUACCCUGGGAGUGGCACGGCAACCGCGCCACGGCCGACGCAGUCAUCUUCAACACCCUCGACGGCAUGAGCGGCUUCGGCCCCAACGUGCCGCGCUCCAAGCCCGGCCAGGCGCUGGUGCUGCUUGCUAUGGAAUCCGGAAAGUACUACCCCUCGAUGUACAAAGCAAAGGAGUAUGGCUUCAACGCGACAUGCGACUACCGGCUUGAAACCUCGGAGGUGCCCCUGACCUACUACACGCGCUACGAGUACGGCGACCUCACAGACAAGCCCCUGCCCUUCAAACAGAAGAGAUCGGACGCCUUGAUCGCGGCCUUCAUAUCCAAUUGCGGCGCCCUCAGCAAUCGAGGGCAGGUGCUGGCUGACCUUAUCAAACUGCUGCCGGGGCAGGUCCACUCCUAUGGUGCCUGCAACCACAAUAAGGAAGUCGAUAGGACGAUCAGUGGCGACAAAUGGAAGCAGAAGGAGGCGGUUUUCGCGACAUACAAGUUCGCGUUCACUCCCGAGAACUCGAUCGACGAGGGUUACGUGACCGAGAAGAUCUACGGGGCCCUGAAAGCGGGGCCAAUGGUCGUUUGGGACACCGCCCCGCGGGUGCAGCGCGCUGAGGCUGGGCCGUUUGACACCGCUGAGCUGGCGGAUUACAUAAAGCGCGUGGGGGCUGACGAGAAGCUGUACCGCAAGCACAUCGGGUGGAAGUACCGCCCCGAGUCAGAGUGGAGCGAGGUGCGGCGGAUGUGCGCCGGAUAA